AUGCGGGGUAUAAAGGGGAAGCAGGGGAUUGAAAGAAAACACAGGCUUGAGCAAAUUCAUGCUGGAAGAUUUGGAAAGAAAAAGAAAAGAACCGACUACACUGAUGCUGGUGGUGUCCGGGUGGUUCAAGUGAAUUGGGAAAAGGCGGCAGCUGGGAAAGGGCAAUCUGCCCCUUUAGCUCUCUCCAGCCCCGUUGCAGGGAAGCUCCUGGAAGAUCCAGGACUUGGGCUUUGCAGGAAAUCCCAGGGCUUUGUGGCUUUGAGUGGCAACAUGAGCAAAGGAUCUGAAUCUAGAAAGUAUAGUGAUUGGAAGUCGAGUCAUUUUUACCUGCUGAAGGAGGGCUUUGAUGCGGUGACCUUCUCCGAUGUAGCUGUGAGCUUCUCCAAUGAUGAGUGGCCAUACCUGGAUGCCUCUCAGAGGAAGCUCUACAGAGAUGUGAUGGUGGAGAUCUACCAGCACCUGCGGGCUAUAGGGCAUUGCAGAGUGAAGCCUGUGUUGAUCUCCUGGUUGGAAGGCGGAGCCUGCGGAAGGCUACAGGAAGGCGUGUUUACAGAAUGCAGACCACCACUUCAGGAUUUGGCCUUUCAGAAAUUUACUUUUGAGACAGGAUCUCCAAAGAGAAGUGAAAUGGGAAGCAGCCAACCCAUUUGGGAAGGGGGUAUUCCUGUGUUGUGGAACACAGUCAGGAGGGAAGUAUCCUGCCUACAUCCUGAUGGGAGUGAGCAAUCAUGGGGCAUCUGUUCUGGUGGAGGCCAAAAUGAAGAGAGCAUUCUUGCUUUGGAUACCCAGUCCACUGCGCAUAGUACCCCUGAGUCUAAUUCAUCUAGUUCCUGUGUAAAAAUCACCAUGUUGGGGCCACCAUGUGCUAAGCAAACAGUGUUUGCUGGAAUCUCUUCACAGCGACAGUCACACAAGCACAUUUCCAGUGGAGUGGAGACCCUAGAGUGUAAGCAUAGUGGGGGGGCCUUCCCAUGUGUUUGGCAUUGUGCUUUACCAUCCGACACCCUCAGUGCACAGAAUCCCUCUGAUGGUCAGCGAUGUGGACUUGCUCUUUGUCAACUGUCACACCCAAGUGACCCUAAGGAAGGCUGUACACAAAAGAAAUGUCAAACAUAUCCAACAGGCAGCAAGAGCUUCACUUACCCCUCAGUCCUUUCUGCACCCAAGAAAAUUCAUAUGGGAGAAAAGCCUUAUACAUGUCAGGAAUGUGGGAAGGCCUUCAGUCAACCCUCAUACCUUACUAGGCACAUGAAUAUUCAUACAGGUGAGAAACCUUAUUCUUGUCGGGAGUGUGGGAAGGCCUUCGCUCAUUAUUCUGGCCUUGCUAACCACUUGAAUAUUCAUACUGGAAAGAAGCGUUAUAUAUGUCAGGAUUGUGGGAAGGCCUUCAGUCAAUAUGGAAACCUUUCUAGGCACAUGUAUAUUCAUACAGGAAAGAAACCUUUUACAUGUCAGGAGUGUGGGAAGGCGUUCUCUUCAUCCUCACACCUUACUAGGCACAUGAGUAUUCAUACUGGUGAGAAGCCUUAUUCAUGUCAGGACUGUGGGAAGGCCUUUGCUCAAUCCUCAACCCUUUCUGUGCACAUGAAAAUCCAUACAGGAGAGAAGCCUUAUUCAUGUCAGGAAUGUGGGAAGGCCUUCAUUCAUUAUGCCAGCCUUACUAGCCAUUUGUAUAUUCAUACUGGCGAGAAGCCUUAUACAUGUCAGGAGUGCGGGAAGGCCUUUACUCGAUCCUCCAACCUUUUCAAACACAGAAAAAUUCAUACAGGAGAGAAACCUUACAUAUGUCAGGAGUGCGGGAAGGCCUACACUCAAGCUGCAAACCUUUUAACACACAAGAAAACUCAUACAGGAGAGAAACCUUAUAUAUGUCAGGACUGUGGGAAGGCUUUUCGACAAUCUUCAGGCCUUCGUUACCAUAAGAAAAUUCAUUCUAGAGAGGCACAUGAGGUGCGUAAGGAGUGUGGGAAGGCUCUUGCUCCUUUACAAGCCUCUUCAUAAGUAUGGAAAUCAUAUCUGUAGGUUUUGUAUGAUCAUACAACAUGAUUGGCAUUAGUCUUA